AAAAAACCAAAAACAAAAAAAAGUUAUGAUUGUUUUAAAAAAAACAAUAAUAAAAAGAGGCGCGUGGUGUUUCCUUCCCGAAUAUAAGGAGCAAAUUCCCAACGAGGUUUCUGAUUUCUCCUUUCCCAAGCAAUCUCAAAUGAGAAUCCGAGCUCGGUUCAUGCCAACUUAGUGCUUACUCCAUUGACUCAUCCAUGGACGCACAAGAAGGAGCGCAGCAGUCACAGCAACUCAUCCUUGCUCACCACGUCUUCCUCCUCAAGCACCCAGAUGUCCCUGACAUCGAGAAGGUCCGCCUCAAGGAUGAGGUCCUCAACCCGGUCAAAUCCAAUUAUAUGACUCCAUAUUGUGAAACCCUAGUUGCUAAUAAAGUAGUGGAGCUGGAUCAGAGCGUUUUGGACUCGAUGCGUGCCAAGAAUGAGGAGGAGAUUAAGAAACUCGAUGAGAAGAUUGCUGAUGCUGAAGAAAACUUAGGUGAAAGUGAAGUUCGAGAAGCACAUUUAGCUAAAUCCUUAUAUUACAUUCAGAUAGGUGAAAAGGAGAAAGCAUUGGAGCAACUGAAGGUGACAGAAAGCAAGACAGUUGCUGUUGGGCAAAAGAUGGACUUGGUGUUCUAUACGUUACAGAUUGGCUUUUUCUACAUGGAUUUUGAUCUUAUUUCCAACAGCAUUGAUAGAGCGAAAAACUUAUUUGAAGAAGGAGGUGACUGGGAGAGGAAGAACCGUUUGAAGGUGUAUGAAGGCUUGUAUUGCAUGUCCACUCGAAAUUUUAAGAAGGCUGCCAAUCUGUUUUUGGAUUCCAUUUCAACCUUCACAACUUAUGAACUUUUCCCUUAUGACACAUUCAUAUUUUACACUGUGCUUACGAGCAUCAUAUCAUUGGAUAGAGUUUCCCUGAAACAAAAGGUGGUUGAUGCUCCUGAGGUCCUGACUGUGAUCGGAAAAAUUCCAUAUCUUUCGGAAUUUUUAAAUGCUCUGUAUGAUUGUCGAUACAAAUCAUUCUUCUUAGCAUUCGCUGGCCUGACAGAGCAGAUAAAAUUGGACCGCUAUUUGCAUCCUCAUUUCCGGUUUUACAUGAGGGAGGUCAGAACUGUUGUUUACUCUCAAUUUCUGGAAUCCUACAAAAGUGUUACAAUUGAAGCCAUGGCAAAGGCUUUUGGGGUCACAGUGGAGUUCAUUGAUCUGGAGCUAUCACCUUUUAUUGCAGCAGGGAAGCUUCAUUGCAAGAUUGACAAGGUUGCUGGUGUCCUUGAAACAAACCGCCCUGAUGCAAAGAAUGCACUUUACCAAGCCACUAUUAAACAAGGGGACUUCUUAUUAAACCGGAUCCAGAAGUUGUCUCGCGUCAUUGAUCUAUGAAGUAGUUAGGCAUUUCUUCUGAUAUAGAAAUGGGUAACCAGUUUCAAAGAAAUAUGGAAAGCAGAUUGAUGCUUUUGGAUGUUUUCUCAUUUCAUGAUUGUUGUUCUAUCCCACCUUUCUUUCCUACUUUUUUUUCAAACCGCAAAAAUGAAGUCAUUACAGUUCAUGCAUUUGCAUUAAUUAGAAUUGAGAUGAUGAAAAUUCCAACUUCCAAAUUUAAUAAAAUUAAAAACAAUUCGUUGGGUAGCAUCAAAAUUUAAGACUAUAAUUGGACAAGUGACCUGAAGCUGAAGAGAUUGAAGGAA